GAGGAGCCGGAGGAGGAGGGGAGACAGACCCAACCCAGCGCUUCCAGUGGUUUCCUGCCUCCGCCUGCUCUAAAGCCUUCGCAUUCCUGCAGACUCACAGACAGCCUGGAGCCACCAGCCUGCCAGCCACCCACCUGCCUGAUCGCCUGCCCAGGAACUCAGUGCAGAGGCUCACUGACACCUCCUGUCCAUAGGACCCAGCACCAUGAGGACCUGGAUCUUCUUUCUCCUCUGCCUGGCCGGGAGGGCCAUGGCUGCUCCUCAGCAGCAGGAAGCCCUGCCUGAUGAGACAGAGGUGGUGGAGGAAACUGUGGCUGAGGUGGCCGAGGUGACUGUGGGAGCCAAUCCUGUGCAGGUGGAAGUAGGAGAGUUCGAGGAAGGUGCUGAAGAAGCUGAAGAGGAGGUGGUGAUGGAAAACCCCUGCCAGAACCACCACUGCAAGCAUGGCAAGGUGUGCGAACUGGAUGAGAGCAACACCCCCAUGUGUGUGUGCCAGGACCCCACCAGCUGCCCGGCCCCCGUCGGCGACUUUGAGAAGGUCUGCAGCAAUGACAACAAGACCUUUGACUCUUCCUGCCACUUCUUUGCCACCAAGUGUACCCUGGAGGGCACCAAGAAGGGCCACAAACUGCACCUGGACUACAUCGGACCUUGCAAAUACAUUGCCCCCUGCCUGGACUCUGAGCUGACUGAGUUCCCCCUGCGCAUGCGCGACUGGCUCAAGAAUGUCCUGGUCACUCUGUACGAAAGGGAUGAGGGCAACAACUUGCUGACUGAGAAGCAGAAGCUGCGGGUGAAGAAGAUCCAUGAGAAUGAGAAGCGCCUGGAAGCUGGGGAUCACCCCGUGGAGCUGCUGGCUCGGGACUUCGAAAAGAACUACAACAUGUACAUCUUCCCUGUGCACUGGCAGUUCGGCCAGCUGGACCAGCACCCUGUUGAUGGGUACCUGUCCCACACUGAGCUGGCCCCCCUGCGUGCACCCCUCAUUCCCAUGGAGCACUGCACCACCCGAUUUUUUGAGACCUGCGACCUGGAUAAUGACAAGUACAUCGCUCUGGAUGAGUGGGCCGGCUGCUUCGGCAUCAAGGAGCAGGACAUCGACAAGGACCUGGUGAUCUAAACCUGCCUCCUCGCUGACCCAGACUCCCUGACCCCCCCCCCCCCCCACUUGUCUCCCCCUUGUUUAAAAUGUUUGGAUGGCUUGUUGUUCUGCCUGGGACAGGUGCUAAUCUAGAUCUAAGUGAAUAUAUUAACGGUGCUAAAAACAGAAACUAACUGCCCAUGACCUUGGUAGCCAUGCUCCCCCCAACAUAGCCACUACUCACACCUGCCCUUCACCAUGGCCUGCAGCUCUGCACAUUCUGCUUCUCUGCUUAAAACUAACACUUAUGGGGUAAACUUUUGCCUUAAGUCAGGAGGGGGCUGUGUGUGUCAUGCCUACGUGGCCUUAAGGGGGGCAUGGGGAAGUAACAGACAGGUGACACUGAUUGAUUAGGAAAGAUGCUCUAGCACUGGAGGGUGAAUGGGGACAGUUCCUGGGAGUCCAGCAGUCCCGCAGAAAGGUGAUUGCUUUAGGGAUAGUAACAGAGGUGGCAGAGACACCUCACCACCCUCACUGCUCCCUGCUCUUGCUUCCACGUGAAGUUGUUUGUUCAAACUCUUGGGAGCCAGGGCCCAACAGCUUCCUGAACUCAGGAAAGCCUCUGGGAGAGCCAUAUCCCACAGUGUCUCUUGCCCAUUGGGCCCCAGGUACCGCAGGGCUUCCAGGUCCAAUCAGAAAGGACUCAGAGAGGAAGAUUUGGGAGUCAUCAGACAGAGUGUGAGGACUGCUGAGUUGGCUGUGUUGUUGCUUUUGUUUUUCACAUUUAGAGGGUUGUUGAGAGCGGUCUCUCCCUUGGUUUCUAGCAUGCUCUUUUCUUUUCCUCUUCCCUUUUCUUCCUAUUAACCAAGAGAAUAUUCAAAGUCAAUGGUAUGGUCAACUCUCACAGGCUGAGAACCCAUUCGCCUCCAAGCAUUUCAUGAAAAAGCUGCUUCUGAUUAAUUGUGCAAACUCACCCAGAUGUGGAGAGUUUGACAAAUCUUUCAAAAAUAAAAAGUAACAACUUAAAAAUGGC